CUCUUACUAUCAAACAUGGCGGACAAAGGCGACAAGGACAAGGAGAAGAAGAACGUGAUGCGCGAGCUGCGCAUCCGCAAGCUCUGCCUCAACGUCUGUGUGGGGGAGAGUGGUGACAGACUCACCCGUGCUGCCAAGGUUCUGGAAGCUCUGACUGGACAAUCUCCAGUCUUCUCCAAGGCCCGCUACACCGUGCGAUCUUUUGGCAUCCGUAGGAACGAGAAGAUUGCCGUCCAUUGCACCGUUCGUGGUCCUAAGGCCGAGGAGAUCCUUGAAAAGGGAUUGAAGGUUCGUGAGUACGAGUUGCGCAAGGGCAACUUCUCCUGCACCGGCAACUUUGGCUUUGGCAUCCAGGAACACAUCGAUCUUGGAAUCAAGUACGACCCUAGCAUCGGAAUCUACGGCAUGGACUUCUACGUUGUCCUUGGGCGACCCGGGUUCAGCGUGGGCCACAAGAGGAAAAGGAAAGGCCGCGUCGGCAGCAGCCAUCGCGUCAACAAGGAGGAAGCCAUGAAGUGGUUCCAGCAGAAGUAUGACGGAGUCCUCCUCCCUGGCAAAUAGGCAGCCUCUUCCAGCCUAUCUUCCCCACACACUCCUCACAAACUCAACGAUGAAUCCGUACCUGACCAGGAAUCAUCACUCCAUCUGUAUCUUGUCUCUCAGGACAUUGCCGCCUUGACACCAUGCCAUAUCUGUACACUAUGUUCAAUAAAGACUCAUGAACAGCCAA